AUGAAGGUAAUCAUCACGGGUGGCUUUGGUUUUCUCGGCCUGCAUGUCUGCAAGCGAAUCCUGGCUGUGGGUGAACUGGUUGGUGCAGAUGAGAGCCCACACGUGGUGCGCAAGCUUGUGCUUUUCGAUGCUGGCUCCCCUCCAAAGGACCUGCCGGAAGAUUCUCGCAUCGAGAUUCGGGUGGGAGACAUUACUAACGCCGAUGAGGUGAAGUCUCUUUUUGACGAAGACGGCAUUGUGGUCUUUCAUUUGGCCUCAGUCAUGAGCGGACAAGGUGAGAAGGACUUUGACAUAUGCUGGAAAGUCAAUGUCGAAGGAACCCGCAACUUGCUUGAGCCAUGUCGGGUUCGGCGGGAUUGCAAAUUGAUCUUUGCAUCCUCAGGAGCGUGCUUCGGAGAACGGCCGGAAGGUCCUGAGAUGGACACCACAAAACUUCUGCCUCACACCAGCUACGGGAUGACAAAGGCUUGCAUGGAGCUGGUAAUCAACGAUUUCACACGACGUGGCUUUGUGGAUGGCCGAGUAGCUCGUCUGCCAACUGUCAUUCCUCGACCAGAGCCCAACUCUGGACUCCCGGCAGCAUUUUCAGACGUUCUUCGGGAACCAUUGCGAGGACGACCAGCUGUUUUGAGGCUGCGUCCGGACAUGCGACAUGCAGUCUGUGGUUACCGCGUCCUGGUGAGGAACUUGAUUCACUUGGCCAACCUGCCUGCAGCAGCGUUUGCCGAGUCUAUCGAUAGGUGUAUGAACAUGCCAUCCUUGUCCGUAACAUUGCAAGAUUUGCAGAAGUCCUUGGCCAGCGUUGUGAAGGAUCCUUCCAUGCUGGGCAGCAUCAGCUACGAGCCAGAUGCGGAGCUCUGUGCGAAGUUGUCAACUUUUCACCAGAACAUGGAUGCCACGCGCGCACGUGCGCUCGGAAUGAUGGGUGACAGCUCAGCAUCGGCAAUCGCAGCAGACUUUGCUGCAGAGUAUGUGGAUCCACUGCUGCUGAAACCAGUGGUGGAAAUCUACGAAGAGCCUCGUCACUGGUUGGCCUUUUCAAACGAACAUGUGCGGGUUUUCCGCGUCGAGAAUCCACCAGGAGACACCACUCUGAUGCACGUUCAUCGCUUUGACAGUCUGUACUUCUUCUUCACUGCCGCCAAAGUGCAAGGGACCAAGCUCAACGAGGAAGCGAAGGAUGACACAUUGAGUUGUGGCGAAGUUCGUUAUGGUGAUCAUGGCAACUGCUUGCUGACUCACAAGAUCCACAACAAAGGGCCGCCAGUAAUGAUGUGCCUCGAUGUGGAGUUAGCUGGUUUCCAGAGUGACGGCAACGACGCUCCAGCAACGAAGCGUGUGAGGAUUGAAGCGGAUUCGUCCAGAUUGCCACCAGGGCUGCGGUUGACAAAGGAGAGACCCGGGGCGAACGUCCACAACUUAGACUUGGCAGCCGGAACAUCCUGGGCUGGGCGUAUACCCUUUGCACGAGCUUUGUUUGUGGUGCACCGUGGAGCGCACGUGCGAGGUGGGCUUGGGGACCGUCUACUGAAGCCCGGGGAUGUGUUCUUCCGAGAAGGUCCGAUUGACAUGAAGCUGGAGGUGAUGGGAACGCGGCGUGACGUGGCACUCUGGGUCGUGGAACUCUUAUAUUGA